ACGCAUAGAGAGUUGAUUUUGGCACUCCAUCAAGUUUAACCACUCUCCUUCACUAAUAUUUUUUCCCAAGCUGAUCGUAAUGCCCAUGGAACAGCUGUUGCUACAUGUAUCAAUUUGUUGCUAGUGUAAUUACCCAUUGUGAAGAUGCAGUGCCUGUCUCCUCCACUUCACUCGUGUUACCACCAUCUCCACCAUUUAUCACCACCGUUACAACCCAAAUUUGACGUUGAGCGGUGAUAUGACCCCAAAUUGAUUUUGUGAUCCCGCAAUAGCUUUAAGUGGAGGGUUUGGGUUGAUUGUGGAGCGAUGGUAGAGUGUGGUUUUGGUGGCAGCGGUGGUGGUAGAUCUAUGGAUAAAAAUAUAGAAGACCUUACAAGGUAGCCAGGGGAGGCAGUCGUGGAAGCAAACCCUAUUGCCAUGCCGACCAUCAAUACAAAAUUGAGUUUUUGACGAAAUCUGGAGCUUCUGCUACAAUAAUAUUGUCAUCAACCAACCUUCCCACGCUUGAAAGCUAUGCAGUGUACAAAUUAGAAAUGUUGCUUGCAACAACAUACAAGCAAAAUAUACGUGCAAGGAACUCUUUGUCAAGGCCUAUAUAUGAAACCACAGAACAUACACGCAGCAGCACUAAAGAGAGAAGAAACUGAGAUCUAGCCUUGUUUUUGCACUCUGAUUGCCUGCAAAAUGGAUAUGGGAAAUAAGAGGAUGGCUGUUUUAGUAGGGUGCAACUAUCCAAACACCAGAAAUGAAUUACAUGGAUGCAUCAAUGAUGUGCUGACAAUGAAGGAAGUGCUUGUGAAACGGUUCGGAUUUGAUCUUAGAAGUGUCCAGCUCUUGACUGAUGCACCAGGGUCCGUGGUUCUGCCCACUGGUGCAAAUAUAAAGAAGGCACUUAGUCACAUGAUUGAUCAGGCUGAAGCAGGGGAUGUCCUGUUCUUCCAUUAUAGUGGACAUGGAACAAGGAUCCCAUCCGUCAAACGUGGCCAUCCCUUCAGGCACGAUGAGGCUAUUGUGCCCUGCGAUUUUAAUCUCAUCACCGAUGUGGAUUUCAGACAAUUAGUGAACCGGCUGCCAAAAGGAGCAAGCUUGACAGUCCUUUCCGAUUCUUGCCACAGUGGUGGCCUGAUUGACAAAGAGAAGGAGCAAAUAGGGCCUAAGGCAACAAUCACAACCAAUAAUGCCAAAGUGCCUUCUCAAAGCCCUAAAGUCAUCCCAUUUGAGUCUAUACUACAGCACCUUACAUCUCUAACAAACAUCAACACAUCUGAUAUUGGUACUCACUUGUUAGAGUUUUUUGGAUCUGAUGCCAGCCUUAAGUUCAGGUUACCACCACUUGAAAGGGACCAAUUUGAAUCAAUAAAUCCAGAUGAGGGAAUUUUACUCAGUGGGUGCCAAGCAAAUGAGACUUCUGCUGAUAUGAGCCCAAAUGAGGGUGGUGGAAAAUCCUAUGGAGCAUUUAGCAAUGCAGUACAAAUGGUGUUGAAAGAACAUUUAGGUCAAUUGAGUAACAAACAACUUGUGAUGAUGGCUAGGGAGGUUUUACAGGCACAAGGAUUUGAGCAACAACAUCCUUGCUUGUAUUGCAGUGAUCAGAAUGCUGGUACUACUUUCCUGUGGCAGCCUGAAUGCUAGCUAGCUAGCACAAGUAAUGAGAUCAUGUUCUGGUGGUUGUCUGGACUCUGAUUGUCACUAGCCUUGUGUUUGCUGUAAUAAAAGUGGCAUGUAAUAAAGAGGUUCACGUCCCUGUGCCUCUCCUCGAAACUUUGACAAGCAUUUAUUCUUACAUAAUGUCUUGUGAACAAAAAAUUGAUUUGAUUGACGAGCUUUAAUUUUACCACUCAAAA